AUGUCGCGCGCGUACCAGUUCCCCGUGGACCAGGCCGAGGUGGUUCGGCUCGACAGGCAGCACUACCUCCUCGGCUCGCUGCCCGACCUGUACCGCGGGCCAGUGGAUGCGGUGCUAUCGUCCCCGGGCCGGGUACGCCGCGUGCUGGACGUGGGGUGCGGCACGGGCAUGUGGCUACACGAGAUGGCGGCACGCUUCCCGCACGCGGACUGCGUCGGUGUCGACCUGCUGCCCCUCCAGCACAGCUCGAACCGCCCCAACGUGACCUUCAUGCUGCUCGACGCGCCGGCGGGCCUCGACGUCUUCCCGGCCGAGUCAUUCGACGUCGUGCACAUCCGGCAGCUCAUCUACGCGAUUCCCGACUACGCUGCUAUGCUGGCGCACGCGCACCGCGUCCUCCGGCGCGGUGGAAUCGUCCUAAUCCACGAGACCAACUUUGAGUGCUAUAGCGUCUGGGAAUGUCACUCGCCAGACGGGUUGCUACCGGGCCUCACGCGGUGGAAGGCAGUUUUCUGCGACGCGCUCAGCCGCAAAGGCAUUCAGCUCGACGUCUUUGACCGCAUGGAGGCACUGCUGGCCACAGCGGGGUUCACGGCCCCGAUCGACGCAUACUUCCACUACCGGCCCGUGUGUCCGCGCGAGCGAACUGACGUCGCGCAGCACGAGACAGAGAGCACACGCGCGCUGGUCGAUGCCGCACGCCUGAGUGUUAUCGAUGAGGGCGUCCUCUCCUCCCCCGCUUACGACCUGCUCGAGGCCGAGGUGCGCCGCGAGCUUGCUGGCCAGGCGCGCGGGUCUGCUGGGGGGUUCAGUGGCGCCGGCGUGUUUGUGCCGUGGGGCUUCUGGUGGGUGCGGAAGGCAGCCGAGGGGGAGGCAGAGGGGGAGGGGCAGUAG